AUGCCCGCCGGCCCCACUGCUGGCCCUGCGGCUGGCCCUUCCCCGGCCAGGGGCAGCCCAGCCAUGAGAGAGGUGGAGCCCAAGGACCAGCCCCUCACGGUAGCACUUCGGAUCCGCCCGCUCAGUGACACAGAACUGGAGGAAGGGGCCGCCGUCAUCGCCCACAAAGUGGGGGACCAGACGGUGGUGCUCAUGGGCCCCAGCGAAGAUCCCGAGGACACGCUGCGCACACACCGGUCGCGGGAGAAGACCUUCAUCUUCGACGCUGUUCUGGACCAGCAUGCGUCACAGGAAGAUGUGUAUCGUGCCACCACCUAGCACCUCGUGGAAGGUGUCGUGUCUGGGUACAACGUGACGGUGUUUGCCUAUGGCCCCUCAGGCGCGGGGAAGACCUACACCAUGCUGGGCAUGGACACGGAGCCCGGCAUCUACCUGCGGACCCUCACCGACCUCUUCCAGGCCAUUGAGGAGGCCCGCGACCAUGCGGACUGCAGCGUGUCCAUGUCUUACCUGGAGAUUUAUAACGAAGUGAUCCGGGAUCUCCUGAACCCAUCCUCGGGGUUCUUGGACCUGAGGGAGGAUUCUCGGGGCAACAUCCAGAUCGCAGGCAUUAUGGAGGUCUCCACCUCGAACGCCCAGGAGAUCAUGCAGCUCCUCACCAAAGGCAACCGGCAGCGCACGCAGGAGCCCACGGCCGCCAACAAGACAUCCUCUCGCUCCCACGCAGUGCUACAGGUCACUGUGCGCCGGCGGAGCCGCGGGGCAGACUCGCUGGAGGAAGUGCGCGUCGGGAGGCUCUUCAUGGUGGACCUGGCGGGCUCCGAGCGGGCGUCACAGACCCAGAACCGCGGCAAGAGGAUGAAGGAGGGCGCCCACAUCAACCGCUCCCUGCUGGCUCUGGGCAACUGCAUCAGUGCACUCAGCGAGAAAGGCGGCAGCCGGGCGCAGUAUGUGAACUUCCGGGACAGCAAGCUCACAAGACUGCUGAAGGACGCCCUGGGGGGGAACAGCCGCACAGUGAUGAUCACGCACAUCAGCCCGGCCAGCACGUCCUUCGAGGAGUCUCGGACCACCCUGCUGUACGCCUACAGGGCCAAGAACAUCAAGACGCGGGUGAAGCGUAACCUGCUGAACGCGUCCUCCCGUAUCGCGCAGUACACGGACGUCAUCUCUGAUCUGCGCCGGGAGAUAGAGCGCCUCAAGUCCAAAACUGAGACUCAGGAGGAGGAGAGGAGAGGCGACCCCGGCACCCGGGAUGCACAAGUCAUGAUCCCCGCCCAUGAUGGAGAGGAGGAUAGCCGCCUGCAGAUGAACAAGAUCCGGGCGCAGCUCAUCGGGGCCUUCAAGGAGCAGCUGGAGAUGCGGCGCAGCCUGGUGGAGCUGGAGAACACCAACAUCGAGCUGCACGUUGACGUGUCCCGCCACCUGCUGACCAUUGCAGACUGGGAGCAGGAGAAGACCCACGAGCAUGUGCACAGGGACAGGACACCAGAGAGGGACGAGGAGCCAGCAGAGGCCGACGUGGAUGGGGUCGAGGGCGAAUCCUCGGAGCCGCACGAGGUGGCUCUGGCCAGAGAGGAGGUCAACAUGCUUUUGGCCGAGCAGCGGAAGACCGCGGCCCUCAAGGCCGGGCUGGAGCGGCGGCUGGCCAACGCCAAGAGGAAGGUGUCGCAGCUGGAGAAGCUGCUGCCCACGCAGGCCGUCAGCGAGGACCAGCGGGAGGUACUGCGGCUGCUCUGCCGGGCACACGAGCUGGAGGUGGAGAACACGGAGCUGCGGGCCGACAAGCUCUGCCGGGGGAGCCUGCUGCGUCAGAAGGACCUGGUGAUCCAGCGCCACCACCAGCACCGGCUGCUGUGCGAGCGGCUCAUCCAGGACCUGUGGCAGCUGGUGCAGGGUGGCGGCAUCGAGGUGCCAGAGGCCCUGGACCAGCGCUUCCACCUGUAUUCGAGGGAGCUGGGCGCGGGCUCGCUGAACCACCUGCUGCUGCUGCACUCGGUCCUAUCCAGCUCCCUGCAGGAUGGCUCGGCUCUGAACAUAUCCACCCCGCCACCGGAGGAGGCCAGGCAAGACCAGGCAGACGACAGGAAGGACCUCCCGUGGGGUGCCCACUUUGAGCUGCCGCUGAUGCUGCUGGAGACGGACAGGUACCCGUACUCUCCCCUCUGCCGUCUGGGCAUCGCCAUGCUCUCGGGAGAUGCACCAUCAAACUCCCUGAGUGUGAAGAAUUUGGUCUCCAAGCUGUGCUCCAUGACUAGCCCAGACCCGGGCACCUCGCGGGCAGCAGCGGAGGCCAGCAGCCCGGCCCUGAGCGCCCAGGCCCUCGAGGACAUGGCCGUGAGCACCAAAAGCAUCGCUCUCAUCGCAGCUGCCCGGCGCUUCAAGGCACAGGACCGUGGUUGGGGCAGCGGCCACUCCUCCCUCCACCUUCCGGAGGAAGUGGCCCUGGACUCCAGGGACCCGAAGGCCAGUGUCACCCCAGCCCUAAGCCCAGCAGACCGGAGGUGGUCCCUCGCCAGCCCAGGCAGGGACCACUCUGUGGAGAGGAAGGCCAGGAGGAAGCGGUCCCCAUCCCUCACCUGGAGUGUGCAGCCGGUGCCGGACCCUGCCGCUGACAGCCAGCCGCCCCCAGCACUCCCACAGCUGACAAAGUCGUCUGGGAAGAGCUUCUUCCCCGCCGUCCCCACGGCCUCCAAGAUAAAGCCCAGCCUUAGCGUUCACGCAGACGAGAAGAAGCCCCCAGUGCCCGAGGUCAGCUUCACCUUCCCCAGUGCCACGUGGCAGAGCAGUCGAGGCCCAAGCAAGGCCCCGCUCCGGCCCCGGGACAUCCGAGCAGCCAUACCUCCCCAGUGGCUCCCUGGUGGGGCCUCGGGUCCUGAACGGGAGCAGGAGUACUAUGCCAGCCGGGUGCUCGCAUUCAGGAACAGUGAUGCCUGUCCCUUGACUGAUGAUUAG